CCCUCCUACCAUCAUCACACACGUUAGGCUACUAAUGUGUCGCCGCGGUACAAGGUUUAAGUAUUAAGGACAUAGUGUGGCUUGUAAAGAUUUUUGUUGUGUCGAAGAAAGGUUAUGCGAGUGUUAGUGUUGCUCAACUGAUAAAGACACGAUAAAGCAGAAAACACCAGACAAGUCUGGCCAGCCUGACUUUCCGUGUCAACGCUGUGGCAGGAUGACAGACGAGAGGGAGCAGUUUUACAACGUCCAAGUGGGGGACUCAACGUUCACUAUACUCAAGCGCUACCAACAACUCCGCGCCAUUGGCUCUGGGGCACAGGGAAUUGUAUGCUCUGCUAUGGACACAGUUCUAGAGAUCCCAGUUGCAGUGAAGAAACUGAGUCGUCCUUUCCAGAACCAAACCCACGCCAAACGAGCCUACCGGGAGCUCGUCCUGCUCAAGUGUGUCAACCACAAAAAUAUUAUCAGACUCAUAAACGUCUUCACACCUCAGAAAUCUUUGGAGGAUUUUCGGGACUUGUACCUGGUGAUGGAGCUGAUGGAUGCCAAUCUGUGCCAGGUCAUCCACAUGGAUCUGGACCAUGAGAGGUUGUCCUACCUGCUCUACCAGAUGCUGUGUGGAAUUCAUCACCUCCACUCAGCUGGAAUUAUUCACAGGGACUUGAAGCCCAGCAACAUUGUGGUCCAAACGGAUUGCACACUGAAGAUUUUAGAUUUUGGCCUUGCACGGACUGCCUGCACUAAUUUCAUGAUGACUCCAUACGUGGUGACCAGAUAUUAUAGAGCACCAGAAGUCAUUUUAGGGAUGAAAUACAAGGAGAACGUGGACCUAUGGUCUGUAGGCUGCAUAAUGGCUGAAAUGAUUCUGCACCGGAUCUUGUUUCCUGGGAAAGACUACAUUGACCAGUGGAACAAAAUUAUUGAAGUCCUUGGUACACCAUGCUUGGAGUUUAUGAGUCAACUCAUGGAAACUGUCAGGAAUUAUGUCAUGAGUAAGCCCCAGUUCCCAGGGAUAAAUUUUGCUGAGGUCCUACCAGACUGGGCCUUUCCCAGUGAGUCUGAACAAGAUAAGCUAAGAACCAGCCAAGCACGAGAUCUUCUCUCCAAGAUGCUUGUUAUUGACCCUGAGGGAAGAAUAUCUGUGCAGGAAGCCUUAAAUCACCCCUAUAUUCAGUUGUGGUAUGACCCAGCAGAAGUAAAUGCUCCACCUCCACAAAUCUCAGAUAAGCAGCUGGAUGAACGAGAGCACAGCAUUGAGCAGUGGAAAGUGUUGAUAUUUGAAGAGAUUCUGGACUGGGAGGACAGAAGUGAACUAAACGUGGGAAUGCAGAGGGAGGAGUCAUUGGACUCAGCUGUGAGCAGUGUCACAGGCAUCUUACAGUCCUCCUCCAUCUAUGAUAUGUCUUCCGUGUCCACAGAGCAGACACUUGCUUCGGACACUGACAGCAGCAUUGCGGACCCUCUCAGUGACCCACCGGACGAGGGCCUAUGAUGGGAUGCUAGAUAUCCACGCUGCCUGUGUCACACAUCUGCCUCUCCCCCACAGAACACCUUUCCCUGGUGUUUCCCCUGGUGUUAUGGAUGCUUUGUUUUAUAUUCAUGUGGGUCUUUUCUUGUGAAGUCCUGUUGUUCAUUUUCAGCUCAUGGCGGUUCUUGGUAUCUUGCCAAUAUCAUUUAGGUCUUAUAUCAACUCUAUUUUCAUUUUAGUGGCCUUUUUCACCAAGAUAGCAGCACUACUGUGGAUUCCAUGAGGUGGUGCAUGUUUCUGAAUUACUUGAAAUAUACUUGAAGUGGACUUCAAGUAGUAAUGUGCAAUUCCAUUUGAUUUAUUCCUCUGACAAUUGAUUAAUGAACCAAAGUACUUAACAUUAAACUGAAUUUGGCUCAGUAUGGCCGUUUUGUAUUUGCCUCUCAGUGCAGGGUGUAUUCGAUAAGUUCUUCAUUCAUUUUAGGAAAUAGCUUUGUGGUAAAUCAGUCACAGCCAGUUGUGACCAGGGUUAGAUGGAUUGGUAUGUAAUGUAAAUGAUUAGUUGAGAUCUUUCUUGUGAUACAUUCUUGUCCAGUUCACUGAAGAACUACUAACUUAGAGGUCAGAAAACUGGCAUGGCAACUGAAUGUUUCUUAGCACCUACUGUAUAAACAUCUAUAAGCUUUCAGCAGUAUUCAUAUUUGGGAGUUGACUGAAAUGACUUUGUUGGUGAUCAAAAUUUAAGCAUGCAGUGUGACUUCUUUUACAGUCCUGCAUUCUGCCUAAGUACUCAUUUUUGUUUACAAACCUUCAAAUUUGUUUUGUUGUUAACAAACAUGUGUGCAUGUUUGUGCUCCUGAGUAAGUGUGCUAUAUCAGAGGAUGCUUUAUGUGUGCAUGCAUAUUUAAUGAAUGUAAUGACAUGAGCCACCACCAUGUGCUCCCUUUACCAGUAUACCAAGUGCAUUCUACAUGUGAAGGACAAUUCUAUACAGGGACACCAAAGUGGGCUCUACUCGAAGAUGAUCUGGAUUAAAAUGAGGACGUUUCACAAGUUGAAUUGUGAAGUGUUCUGACCGUCUGCAUUGUGUGUUGUGUGAUGGCUUCUAUAAAUGAUCUGCAAAAACGGUA